AUUGUUGCAGCAAAAGUCCAACUAGGAAUCCAGGAAAGAAACAGUAUCAAUUAAAAGGAUAAGACAAUUAAUAUUGGGUUAAAUUUCUUUUUUCUUCUGAAAAAUAACGGUGAUAUCAUACAAAUUGAAAUACUAAAAUAAGAUGCAUAUAUGGCAGCCAGGAUGAUGGACGGUGACAAGUUCACAUGAGUGGAUGAGCCGAACCAGAAACUGUAUGGGGCCCCAACGUAUGAAAACUAGAGAAGGAGAGGCAUAACCAAGAGAAAUUAAAGCGAGAAUUUAUUCAAGAAAAAGGAAAAAGGAACGUAUUCCUGAGUGGAGAAAGUUCGUGCCGUCCCCCUUGAAAUAGAUCCACCAGGAAGACUCACAAAUUGGUGCUGAACAAGACCAUGGAUUUUGGGUCAUCAGGGAGAGAAGGGUUGUGUGAAGAAGAGCAGAUGGGUAAAGGUAAGCUCCCUUUUACUUACUCUCCUUCUCCUUCAUCUUCUUCUUCUCAGCACAAAUCCCAGCUGCCUCCUCUUAGAAACCCUGGGUGGGAGGAGCAGCCUUGGCCGAUUUACGACAACCGCCACCACCGAAUGACUUCCGACUUGUUAGGCUACAGGUGCCAACCUCAACAAGAUAUUAACGAAGCUACUACUGUGACAAGUGAAGCAGAUUCCAGACGCGUAGACUCAGAUUCAACCCUCGAGCUUAGGACUAGUGAAAGUGCCACCGACAUCGAGAAAGAACACAUGUUCGACAAAGUAGUCACGCCAAGCGAUGUGGGGAAACUCAAUCGACUUGUUAUCCCAAAGCAACACGCAGAGAAGUAUUUCCCCUUGGAUUCUUCCACCAACGAGAAAGGUCUUCUGUUGAAUUUCGAGGACAGAAAUGGGAAGCCGUGGAGAUUCAGAUACUCUUAUUGGAAUAGCAGCCAAAGCUAUGUGAUGACCAAAGGCUGGAGCCGUUUUGUCAAGGAUAAGAAACUUGAUGCAGGCGAUAUAGUUUCUUUCCAGAGAGGAGCAGGUGAAAUGGGUAAAGAUCGUCUUUUUAUUGAUUCGAAGCGGAGACCUGAUGCACCAGCCCUGGUUUCUUUCCAUCCCCAUCAACACUACUUCUCUUUGGGCCGCUCAAUCCCAUGGAAUCCACUUCUAAUGCGGCCACCACCAACAGGAAGAGAUCGCUUGUACUUGUCACCCGUAAACCCUAUAAACAGAAGAAAUAGCUACUAUGGUGGUUACCCAACCGGAAUCAAUGUGGUGAAUCCAGGAGAUGCAGUGGGAUCACUAUUUUAUUUGAGAUCGGCAGUGGGUUCAGGAGCUCCGCAAAUGGGAAUGAUACAGCGGCAGCAGCAAGGCGGAGUUGUAGAACCAAUUGUGUUUGAUUCGGUGCCGGUGGUCCAAAGCAAGGCUGCACCCAAAAGGAUGAGGCUUUUCGGGGUUAACAUGGAAUGCCCUAUACCGGAGUCGAAUGAAUGUGAGAUGCUAACUACAUCUACCUUAGCACAUGCUACAAUGGCGCCCCAGCAUCCAGAUCAACCUCCUUCAUCGUCUCAGCAUCCUCUCCAAUUAAGGCUCUACAAUGGCACGCCACUGCCGCCCACGGACUUUCUUAAUGCCAACAAAGUGAAGGCUUCAUUGUCAUUUGAUUUAGAUACGUGAAUGCGACCACUGGAAAUUGAUUUAGCCUACAGUAUAUUCAACGCUGGAGUUAAGUUACUAUUGCCACAAUCAACACCUGCCACUACUGUCACCACAAACAAACAACAAUAGAAUAGAAUGCGUCAAGAAGUUUUGCAAGGGUAGCUGCUAAUCAGCUUCUUUCGUUUUUCUUUUUCCAAAUUUUCACUUCUUGAUUCUUAUGAGGGGAAGACCCGGCUGUUGAAAUAUGAUCAUAUCCUUAUCUAUACCGAAUAAAAAGGAAGGAAGAACAUAUUUUCAGAUUUCAAUAUAUAUAUAUUAUGCUGUUUUACAGCUUAAUUUAUUACAGAA